AAUUUAAAAAUACAAAACCUCAUUUUGUCUUUUUUUGCAUCACAGCCUCAAAUGUGGCUACUCUAUUUAAAUCUUUCUACAGCGUGCCGUUGCUUAUUGCUUUUCUCUUUUUUCCUUUUCUCUCUCUUUUUAUCACCUUUGCUUAUAGGUACUCGUACGUCAUGAAGUUGUUCACCGCAUUGCUGAUAGCAGCUGCUUCAUCCGUUUAUGCGCAAACAGCCUGUAAUGGAGAUUCUAGCUUGUGCUCGAAGACUUAUAAUUCUGUUACAUAUCUCACUACACACAAUUCAUAUGGCUUCCAAAGCAACGCUGCUGGCAACCAACAUUACCCUAUUGCAACACAACUUACAGACGGUGUCCGCGGAUUAAAACUCUCUGCUGUCCAGGGCAAUCAAAGUGGUGUUAUUGAGUUAUGUCACACUUCUUGUACUUUACUCGACGCUGGUACAGCCAGCAACACUUUGGCUUCUAUUGCUUCAUGGCUUGAGGCAAACCCCAAUGAAGUCGUUACUAUCAUGUGGAACAAUCUCGGAAACUUCCCCAUUUCUGCUUUCCAGUCCGCAUACUCAAGUGGCGGUAGUAUCAUGAAUUACGUUUAUACCCAGCCUGUUGGUAGCCUCACAUGGCCAACUUUGCAAUCUAUGAUUUCAUCUGGCAAGCGCUUGGUCAAUUUCAUCGAUACCGGCGCCGAUCAAACCUCUGUUCCUUGGCUGAUGUCGGAAUUCGACUAUGUGUUCGAAACCCCCUACGACAACCAAAACUUGACCGCUUUCACCUGUACCAUAGACCGACCUACCAACCCAACCUCGCCUAAUUCCAUGAUGUAUGUGAUGAACCACUUUCUGUAUGGAGUAGUCAACUUUGGAGGCACCGCCAUCGAAGUCCCUCAGCCUGAUUCGGCCAACGUGACCAACGGAGACUCUCUCCAAACUCAAGCCACGCAAUGUACAUCCACCUUCGGCAGACAGCCCAACUUCAUCGAAGUGGACUUUUAUGAGCAGGGAUCAUGUUUCCAGGUGGUGGAUAGUUUGAAUAAUGUUGCCUACGUGUCAAAGGCCUUGGGUACGGCUGCAGCUACAGCAACUGGUAAAACUACCAUUAACAAUGGUGCUUCUGCAUCCACUGCUUUCUCCUAUUUGACGUUGUUUGGUCUCGUUUUGGGCUCUCUCUUUGUGUCCUUGUAAUAUUUUAUGUAUAGAGAAUAUGAUGACAUAUAACAAAAACAAAUUAAAAAUUUCAACGCGAUAGAAAAUAGUUUCUGGU